AUGGCAAUAUAAAACAUAUUCCAAGAAAUUUCACAGACAAAAUUGUCCCGAACAUAUCAUAAGCUCAAUCAAAGAUUCAAGCACAAAUCUUAUGAUAAAAUUGAAAAAUACUACAUAGUGAAACUUUUAAAGCAAAAGCUUUAAAUUGACAGAACUUAAGAUAAAUGGGACAAUAGCAUUAUGAUCAUCACAAAACAGUACAAAUAAAAUAUAGGUCCGAGAUUUCUAAUCAAAUUUGUCGAAGAAUAACCCAUUCUUUCAUAAUAUGGAUUAAAUACAGAGUCAUCAAGCAUUUCUUAUUCGUAUUCAAAUAUAAGCUCAUUGACUUUUUCAAUGUCAAAGAAUUAAAAACUAGAAACUUCUAGUAUGAAACUAAAGAAGAAAACUGUAUUUGCCGGAGUAUUAAUGGCCAUCAGUGGCAAGUGA